GUCGAGCUUGCGCGGAACGCGUUUCGUCCGCACUCCACCCGCCUCUCCGCAAAGAAGGAAGGAAGGAAGGAAGGAAGGAGGAUCAGCAGAAAACCCGGAGCCUUCUCUUGAGCGUUUCGCGGACGGACGUAUUAUUCGCACGUUCGGAGCCUCGAAUGAGAAUCGUCCUUCUUUUCUUUUCUUUUCUUUUCUUUUUUUUUCUUCUUGUAAAUACUUAACUUCUUGUUUACAACGAGCGUGCACGUAAACGUCGUAUUAUCAUAAAGAUCUUUCGCGAAUAUCUUUUUAUCAGAGACAAAUCUUUUUUCAUUGCUGUCUUCGCGUUUAAUUAAAACAAAAGCAACGGUAAAAUUAAAAGUAAAAAAGGAUUGAAAUAUUAUAAUAGCUAGAGGAAACUGGAGAUAAAAAUUGUUGAUAAUUGUGAACAAAGACGAUGGGCCAUCGUCGACAGUGUUGGUUGCAACUGCGCAAUGUCCGAAAACUAGCCGGAGGAGCACACCCUUCCGCAGUUGCAGUUCGCAAGACGAUCUCGUCGGAUCGUGAUCGUAUUAUUCGGUAAAUUAUGAUACACGUGUCAGCAGAAAACGCGCACCGAUACGACCGUGUAAAGCGCAAGGGUACUGCCUUCUUAACGAGCCUCUUUAAAUCAAGGAAGCUCAAUUUAGGGAUGAAGAUCAACGAGGACGAAGAAAUGGAACGUUCUCCUAGGAUCGAGUCACCUGCCAUUAUCGCAAACACGUGCCGCCGAGGGGGAAACGAGAACGACAAUGCCGUGUCGAGGAUUCCGUCGACCUUGAGCGUCACUGCCGUCGACGUCGACGUUGCUUGUCAGCCCUCACCGUCACACUCUUUUUUGACCUCGACACCAGGUAGAACGCGAAACAUCGAUCAGGAUAUGGAGGCAAUCAGGCUCAGCCGUCAAGACAAUCCAUAUCUUCAGGUAUUGGCAAGUCGCGAAAGUCUCGUCGAAUCGAUUGGAGAAUCGGAAUCGGACGAUGCGAAUCUUAUGUCCCAGGAGCUGUGUGACACGGACCCUUUAACGCUAGCCCAAGUACACGAGCACCUAGUGCGUAGUCCACCCCCAGCUUCUUGGCCACACUCGACGGCGUUCGAUUUUUCCCGACAUAAUCAAAAUUGUGGAACACAUAGGGGAAACGAGCAAGAACUUUCGAGGAGCGAGCCUUCUACGGACAUAAGAGAUCGACACUCGCAUACUUUCUCGCUGUUACAUCCAACCCCAAUAAGAAGCUUCUCGGAGGUACGUCGACUUCACAGAUCAGCUGAUGAUAGCGUUCAAUUGAUGUCGAAUGAAUAAAAUUGAUCUGAUGAUGAUGAAGAUUCAGCAAGAUCAUGAUUUUAUUCAACAAAUUCGACUUGUUUUACAAAAGACGAAUUAUAUUUUCGGAUUUCGUCGAUCGAAGAAGAGGAAGAAAGAAAAAGAAAAGAAAAAGAAGAAGAAAAAGAAGAAGGGUCGUGGAAAUGAAUAGAAAUUUCUCAUCGACUUUAUUUCGACUCUGAAAAAAUUCUUUCGUAACAUUAACGAGUCGAUUUUAAUCUUCUACUCUUUGCUAGUCAUCAUUGGAGAUAACUGACUUAAAUGUUAUAGUUAUCCAUGUCAUAUAUAUAUAUAUUUUUUUUUAUUUGUUAAAUACGAGAAUACAUGAUUAUCAUUAGGUUUAUUCGAAAAAAAAAAAUCAAUUGUCAUCAUUAUCAUCGUCUCAGUGUCUUGACGAAUUUGAGAUCGUAAACCGAAAUGUUAUUCUUACUCUUUUCUUUUCUUAGAUACAAUGAUACAAUCUUAAAGAGAGGAAGAGACAGAGAGAGAAAGAGAGAGAGAGAGAGGGAGAGAGAGAGAGACAGAGAGAGAGAGAGAGAGAAAGAGAGAGAGAGAGAGAGUGAUAGAGAGAGUAGAUGUAAACAAAAAUUUGUUGAAUCGUCGCAGAAUAAUCGUAUUUAAUGUCAAUUGAUAUCAAAAAUAUUUGCACAUACACAUAAAAAUAUUAAAUUUCUCUCUCUCUCUCUCUCUCUCUCUCCCUCUCCCAUUCAUUUUCUCUCUUUCUCUAUUUAUCUGUCCAUCUGUCUCUCUUUUUCUCGAUAAAUUUGCGCCUUAGAUUAUUAUUUUCCGACGAUGGGAUAAAAAGUAGCCACCGUCUUUUUCCUCGAUAGCACUUUAUAAAUAAACUGUACGAGCGAUAUUAGACAUUUUUACGGUACGGGCGAUUCUGUUAUGUCGUUCAAGGACGACGAUGAUAAAACUUGUAUCUUUCUUUUAUUCUCAUUAAUUAUUAUUAAUAUCUAUUAUUAUUAUUAUUAUUUUUUUUAUUUUUAUUAUUAUUAUUAUUAUUAUUAUUAUUAUUAUUAUUAUUAUUAUUAUUAUUAUUAUCAUCGUCAUUAUCAGUAGAAGAUUAAUUAAUUGUUUGGACGUUAGCCUGUGCAAGAAUGAUUUUUAUGUUAGUUAAUAAAAAAAAAAAUAAAUAAAAAUAAAAAAGAAAAAAAAUAGAAAAGGGAGAAACCAAUCGAAAGAGUUAACACAUUUCUUUCGUUGUUAUCGUUGAAAAUAUUGUUCAGACGUUUUUAGCACAAGUUAGUUAUAUACAUAUAUGUAUAUGUAUGUAGAGAUAAAGAUAAAGAUAGAUAGAGAGAGAGAGAGAGAGAGAGAGAGAGAGAGAGAGAGAGAAAGAAAGAAAGUUAAUUACUAAAUCAUUUUUAAUGUCUCAUUGUUCUUACAAAUGUUACGUUCAAUGUCACUAGUCAAGGAUAAUAAUAUAUCACCGUUAUAUAAUUUCAAGUAUUAAUUGAAAUUUAAAUACAAAUAUUUUUGUUGUUAGGAUUUUUCUACUAGCAAUAAUAAUUUAUCGAUCAUAAUCGAUCAGAUUUAACUAUUACUGCACAAAAAAUAAGAUGAGAGAGAGAGCGAGAGAGAGAGUGAGAGAGAGAGAGAGAGAAAGAGAGAGAAUUUUAUUUAUAAAUUUCUUCUUUAUAAAUUUGUAUGAAAUGUUGAGAUCUGGUCAAAAGUGAAAAAAUUUAGAUAAAAAAAAGGAAAAAGAAUAAAGAAAAAGAAGAACACAUACACACACACACACAUACAAAUACACAAAGGAAAAAUAAAGAUAUCUUUUAUUCAUGAAAGUGAAGCGUUUGUCUAAAUUAUAUAAAUAAUGUUAACAUAAUUUUGAUGAUAAUUUACUUAAUAAAUUAUUAAUGUCAUCUUUUUGUACAGUUAUAAGAAGAAAGAUGAAGUUAAGAUGAAUUUGAUAGAACAAUUUUAUGAUUAAAUUUGAUAUGAUUGUUAACACCAUUUUUCAUAAUAUCGGAAGAAAAAAACGAGAUUCGAAUUCUAAAAAAUUUGGAAAUAAAGUAAAGUGAGAAACUUCGACGUUGAUAUAAUAAAUUUUUCAGUUUUCAAUCUGUUUA